AUGGAACGCCGCGCGCAGAAACCAGAGCCGGUGACCACGGGACGGUGGACGCAGCGGCUCGAGGGCGGGCCCGUUCUCGAGGCGGCGCCGAAGAUGACCAAGGUGGAACGAGUCGCGGCCGGGAUCGGGCAGUUCCGGAAGUACCGACCGGCGAGUCACCGCACGCGCGCCAAGAUGCUGGAGUUGUAUCUCCCGGACGCCACGGACGAAGAGCGCGAGAUUCUGAUGAAGACGAAGGGCCGCUCCGACGCGGACGAGCCCGAGGAGCUCUCCGCCGCGGAGCUGGAGAGCGCCGCGGAGAAGGAGCUCGACGACGCGGCCGCGAUGAAGGAGGACAGGCGAGAGGCGAUGCUGAACACGUCGCGGAAGAUGGCGGAGACGGCGCGGGCGUACUUCGCCGAGCAAGAAGCCAGGGAGGCUGAGCGCGUUGAGGUGCGUUCUAUACACUGGUUCCCAUACGACCGCGCUGGCGUGGUGAACGCCGAUCCUUAA